ACGUUAAUCGGAAUGACGACAAGAAAUCAAUCGCAAAUCACCCGGUCGAUGCCUUAAGUCUUAAGUCUUGAGGCUUGACGUUGCUCAGUUGAUCGCCAUCACGUGACCCUCAUAUUCCAUCACGAAAGUUGAGAUUCCGACUCCUUCCCCCAGAAUAUAUCCACCAUCCCAUCCGAGCAAUCGAAUAGCGUUUGUCGCGCCAAUGUUGGGAUCCAUGUGGUCCAAGUCCUUAUUCUCAGCGCCCCUCCGCUCAAUAGCAGGCGAAUCUCUCCUCCGAUUCCAGCCAUGCCUCCGUCUCCUCCCCAUCUCCCAGGUCCGAAACGCCGCCCACGCCGCUGAAGGACGAGCCAAUGGAGCGAAGAAGGGAGCGGGAAAACGAUUGGGGUUGAAAAAAGGAGCUGAGGAACUCGUCGUGCCAGGCGUCAUUAUAUUUCGACAGCGAGGGUCAAAAUGGCAUCCGGGCGAGAACUGCGCUAUGGGCCGCGACCACACCAUCUACGCGACCGAGAAAGGAUACGUCAAGUACUACAGAGACCCCAAUCGGAAUCCGAAGAAGAAGUACAUCGGGGUGGUGUUCGAACGACAUUGGCGCCUGCCGGUCCCCGUUGGUGAACCACGCCGACGACGUCUGGGAAUGCUCGCCGUCCCUCGGGAGUCAGAAGGACAAGUGGGUUCGCUGAGCCCGUUGACACCCGCCGGUCUGGACGGAGAAGCCGCCGGACUACCCGGCGUGGCCGUCGCGGCAACAUCCCCGGAAGAAAGCAGCAUGGGAGAGGGCGAGCUCGCCAAGCGCCGCAGACGAAAAGACUACGUGGUCCGCGAAUCGAACUGGGAGAUCGGCCGCACGGCCGAGAAGGCCGGGGUGACGGCGACGAAGUUCGUGCGCAAGGAUCGGUUCCGCGCGUGGCGGCGGGCGGCGGCGCGACAUCGGCGCAUUUCGGAGACCAAGUCAGUGGGGAGGAAGGCGAAGAAGGGGAAACAGGGGAAGGUUAAGAAAUAGGGGGGAUAGGUGGGGUGGAAGUGAAGGCAGGCCGGGCGUGGAUGGGGUUGGAUGUCUAUGCUUUGGUGAUGUACAAUAUUUUACAAUGACUGUGAGGGAUACGCGGUCGCUAUGUACAAUACAGGAUUUGAAAGCAAAUCAUUCGCCGUU